AUGGCGGACAUCGACAUCGGAACCGCAGCAGGAGGAGGAAGACGAGAGCCGCUGAUUAACCGGGAAAACAAGUUCACGCGUUGCGUGUCUCACGCGCAGGACGAGCUCCAGAGUUUUCGGAAAUACCUGAGAUGGAUGUGCGUGGAUCAGUCGAGCCCCUGGACGGCGGUUCUCUCUUGGUCGAUGUUUGUCGUCUUCACGCUCGUUGUUCCGGUGACCUCUCACUUCAUGCUCGCUUGCGCUGACUGCGACAGCCAUCACUCGAGGCCGUACGAUUCCGUGGUUCAGCUUUCUCUCAGCAGCUUCGCUGCCCUUUCUUUCCUCUGUCUCUCCCGAUUCGUCAGCAAGUAUGGUCUCCGACGCUUCCUCUUCUUCGAUAAGCUCUGGGACGAGAGCGAGACUGUCCGGCGAGGCUACACCAAUCAGCUCAACAGAUCGCUUAAGAUUCUCUCCUACUUCGUCACUCCUUGUUUCUUAGCGAUGAGCGCGUACAAGAUAUGGUGGUACGCUUCAGGCGCUUCUCAGAUUCCUUUCCUCGGUAACGUUAUCUUGAGUGAUACAGUCGCUUGUCUGAUGGAGCUCUGCUCGUGGCUUUACCGAACCACCGUGAUCUUCCUGGUCUGCGUCCUCUUCCGUCUCAUCUGCCAUCUCCAGAUCCUUAGGCUCCAAGACUUUGCUCAGGUUUUUCAGAUGGAUUCAGAUGUUGGUUCCAUCUUGUCUGAACAUCUCCGCAUCAGACGUCACCUGAGAAUCAUCAGCCACCGAUACCGAACCUUCAUACUCUUGUCCUUGAUGCUUGUCACUGGAAGUCAGUUUUACUCUCUGCUUAUUACCACAAAGGCAUAUGCUGAUUUGAAUAUCUACAGAGCUGGAGAACUCGCAGUGAAUGUAGAUACUGGAGAUACAGACGACAGUGAGGAUUAUGGAGACGAGGAAGAUGAUUUUGAUAACAACAAUCUCAUCCCUGCUUAUGCUUAUAGCACCAUAUCAUUCCAAAAGCGACAAGCUCUAGUGAAUUACUUUGAGAACAAUAGAGCAGGAAUCACGGUGUUUGGGUUUACACUCGAUAGAAGUACUCUACAUACAAUAUUUGGUAUCGAAAUGUCGCUUGUUCUUUGGCUUUUGGGUAAGACCAUUGGGAUUUCUUGA